CGCGCGCUCCUAUAUAACCCCUCGCCCCCCGAUUAGCCCCGCCGCAUCUCAGCAUUCAUUUCGCCAUCCACGAGCAAAUCCAUCCGCCGCGCCGCGCCAAGUCGGGAGAAGGAGGAGGUAGGUGAGAGACAGGAGACGGGAGCGAUGGAGAUGGAGAUGCAGACGGCGGCGGCGGACAUGGACUUCAACGCCCUCUCGCGCCGCGAGCUCCAGGCGCUCUGCAAGCUCAACGGCGUCCGCGCCAACAUGACCAACCUCGCCAUGGUCGAGGCCCUCCAGUCCCUCGCCGCGGUGGAUGGGAUCGACCAGAUCGGCACCACGCUCUGCCUCCCGACCCCAGGCAAGUCGGCGAUGAAGUCGGUCCUCAAGGCCACGCCGGCGGCCGCGGAUGACCAGCAGCAGCUAGGGAGCCCGCUCCCGCGCGGCCGCCGCGUCUCGGUCAAGUCGCCCGAGGCCAUCCGGAUGGACGUCGAGGAGGGCGAGGACGAGAUGAAGCGGAAUCUCACCAAGGAGAUCGUGAGGACCCCCGGCGUCGCGCUGCGCAGCACCAGCCGCCGCCCGCGGGCCACGCCCGCACCCCUCCCCCCGACUCCCGCGGCGGGCCCUCUGCGGAGGAGCCAGAGAUCGAUCAGGAAGACUGAGAAGGCCAUGGAGGUCGAGGUGUCCACCACAAAGAGAUCGACUAGGAAGACUGCGAGAUCGAAGGCGAUGUUUGAUUUGGACCAGGAAGAGGCGGAUUCGACCGAACUCAAGGAUGAGAAGGUGCAGGAUGCAGAGCCCAAGGCCGUUACUUCUGAUGAGAAGUGCGAUGAUCCUGAGGAGGAGGAGGAGGAAGUUACAAAGCUUCCGGAAGAAGGAAACAGCAAAGCGGAUGAACCUGAGCAGGGAGAUGAAGUGGUUUCUUCUGUUGUGCCCACUGAAUCUGCUGACAAGAGCUGUGAAGAUUCUAAGCUGGAGGAAGUUGUGGAAGAGGCUACCAAGCUCCAGGAAGAAGCUGCAGUUGAGGAAGAACAGAAGCUUGCCAGUGCUGAGAAGUCUGUUCCCUUGUCAGCAAUGGAGGAUUCACCUAUCUUAGGUGUCCUUUCCAAGGCCACACCUGAACCAGCUAUCAAUAACGUUGAAGGUGCCUCAACUGAAGAUGGUGAAAGCAGCAAAUGGUCACCUGUGUUCGAGAUAGUUGAUGAGAUCAACAGUGCCAGUGAAGAAAAGGAAGUAGCUGCUGUUGAAGUGCCAAAGGAAGCCAUCAACGAAGAUGAUUUCAGUUCCACCGCUGAGGCAUCUGAUGUUCCUAACAAGAUGAUCCCAGCUGCUGUGACAGAGAAGGAAGUCGCUGGUGAUGAUUUGAAGGAAGAUGCUUUCAAUUCCACCGUUGAGGCUUCUGAUGCUCUUAACGAGAAGAUGACCCCAGCUGCUGUGACAGAGAAGGAAGUUUCUGCUGAUGAUUUCCAGGAAGAUGCUUUCAAUUCCACCGUUAAGGCUUCUGAUGCUCUCAAUGAGAUGACCCCAGCUGCUGUGACAGAGAAGGAAGUUGCUGCUGCUGAUUUCAAGGAAGAUGCUCUCCAUUCCACCAUUGAGACUGCUGAUGCUCCUAACAAGAUGACACCAGCUGCGGUGACCGAGAAGGAUGUUGCUGCUGAUGAUAUUAAGGAAAAUGCUUUCAGUUCCACCGUUGAGACUGCUGAUGCUCCUACCAAGAUGAUCCCAGCUGCUGUUACAGAGAAGGAAGUCGCUGCUGAUGAUUCGCCGCAGAGUGAUCUGACAGAAGAGGAGAGUGCUGAGGAAAAUGACCUCGAUGGAGUGGGCAGUGAGGAGGAUGACCUCAGUGAGUACAGCAGCGAGGAGGAUGACCUCAGUGAGUACAGCAGCGAGGAGGAUUCCCUCGAGGAGGAGGAUAUGCAGAAGGUGAGCGACUCCGCUGUCGUGAACUUUUAUUCUGAUGAAGAGGAGGACCUUGAGGAGGAGGAUAUGCAGAAGGCUAAUGACUCCACUGAAGCUAACUUUGAUUCUAAUGAAGAAGAGGAGGAUCUCAAGAUGCUGGAGACAGUUGAAAAGCCUAAAGAAAAUGAGGAGAGUGGAGAGGAAGAUGAUUUCAGCGCUGAUCUGUCAUCAGAGUUUGACGAUGUUGAAUUCAGUGAUGCUGAAACUGAAAGCCACAGCUCUCAGGUGGCGCUUGAGGCAAUCCAUGCUGCUACUCCUGCCUCAUCUGCAGCCAAGACUGUUGACUCUGCCACCACUAACAUGAGCUUAAGGAAGCUUAAAAGUGCUUUGAAGGAGGGUUUUGAAGAACUUGAAGCCAAGACUGUUGACUCUGUCAUCACCGAAGAACUUGAAGAAUCCAGCGAGGGCAGUGAGGUUUCUCAGCACGCCGAGACCAUCGUCGAGACACUGGACAAGGUCAUCAUCACUGAGGAUAAGAGAGAAGAGUGUGCAAAGCAAAAUGUCGCCCUCGCUAACAUGAGCCUAAGGAAGCUUAAGAGUGCUUUAAAGGAGGGUCUUAUUGCUGCCAAGGAAGGGAAGAACCUGGCCAUCACCACCGAUGAAGGCAGCAGGGUGGCCCUCGCGGAGCUGGAUGACAACGCCGAGUACUGAUCGGUGCAGGAGUUCACUGGAAUCAUCAAGCAUCUGGUGGGACUGAAUGAAGGAGAGACGGCUCUAGUUGUGAAGUGAUAACUAGGCUUUGCUUUUUUCAUUUCCAAAUGCUGCCGAGGAGUGAAACGCUCAAUUUUUCGUGUGUGUGUGUGGGUCGAGAGCAUCGGGUUGUGAAACCAUGGUUUCUCUGAACCAACCUAUACAGUUUGUGUCGGUUCUGGUCGUUCGUGCUUGUUAUGUGGUAUAUGUCGAAUGGAUAUGGAUUAUAUAAUGAGUAAUAUAUAUACCAGUUCAUUAGGCUGCUGUGCCCUGUUAA